CUUAUAAUUUUUAAGUUGCAAAUAGCUUAUAUGAAGAAAGCGAAUGGUUAUAAACCGUUUGUGAUAAAUUCAACAUUAGAUGCUUGUGAAUACAUUCGUAAGAUGAAUAAUCCUAUUGCCAAUUUGAUGUAUCCAUUUAUUAAACCGUACACCAAUAUAAAUCACAGCUGUCCAUAUAUUGGUGAACAAAUCGUGAAGAAUCUUUAUCCGAAGAAUGAACUAGUUAAACUGUUUCUUCCUAAGGGCGAUUAUCUCCUAAUGUUGUCAUGGAUACUGAGUGGCAUAAGGUACUUAGUCACUAACGUUUACUUCACUAUUAAUGAGUGAAAUGUCGCUGUGUAGUUUGGAUUGGGAUUGGACUUAUAUUUUUUAAAUUUUAACCGAAAAUAUGGGUAAAUUUCUCAGAUAAUUUAAUGUAAUUCAGAGGAAAGUGUUUUCUUCUAAUAGUGUGUCCCUGUUGGUUAAAAUCGGGUAAUAACUUCCCCUAGCUCCCAUAUAUCUAAUUAUAGGUUUUUCAAAAAUACGGUGGGCUUUAUUUCGCAUAUGUAUAUGUAUUGGUUAAUAUGUGAGAUAUCUUAGCAAAAUUAAGUGAGUGUAUAGUCUUGGAUAUAGUUUACACUGCUGGUGAAAAUGAAUGAAAUCGGUUCAGGAAUUACCUCAGCCCUCAUAUAUAACGAUUUUCGUUAUUCUAUUAAACUUUAUGCCGAGUUUAAUAAAAUUUCUUCAAUAAAUUGCGAGAGUAUAAAAUGUUCGGUUGCACACGAACUUAGCCUUUCCUUACUUGGUUUUUUUUUUUUCAAAUUAUACUCAUUAAUAUUUGAGUUUUGUUACACUUGCACUCUCGA